GACGCUGUCACGUCGUCAUUUGAUCAUGAACCAGAAGUGUUCUUCUUCUCCGUCUGGAGUUCGCUUCUUCCUCGUUUGAACGUGUCCGUACCGAACUCCUCAGGACUUCGUGGAUGUGGUGAGUCGUGAGAUCCCCGCCCUGUUUGUGUGUGUGUGUGAGUGAGUGUGUGUGUGUGUCUCUCUCUCUCCGUUGACCUUUACCCUGCACCAUGGCGGAGCUGCUGCUGGACUCCAGCAUCCGGGUGUGGGUGGUUCUGCCCAUCGUCUUCAUCACCUUCUUCGUGGGCGUGCUGCGUCACUACGUCAGCCAGCUGCUGCACAGUGACAAGAAGGUGGAGCUGGAGCAGGUGUCAGACAGUCAGGUGCUGCUGAGAAGCCGAAUCCUGAGGGAGAACGGAAAGUACAUCCCCCGACAGUCGUUUGCCAUGAGGAAGUUCUACUUCAACGACACAGAGACAGGCUUCUUCAAGACGGUGAAGAGGAAGGUGGUCCCCAAGAACCCUAUGACCGACACCAGCAUGCUGACUGACAUGAUGAAGGGGAACCUGACCAACGUCCUCCCCAUGAUCCUGAUUGGAGGAUGGAUCAACUGGGCCUUCUCAGGCUUCGUCAUCACCAAGGUCCCCUUCCCUCUCACUCUGAGGUUCAAACCCAUGCUGCAGAGGGGAAUCGAACUGCUGUCCCUGGACGCCUCCUGGGUGAGCUCUGCGUCCUGGUACUUCCUCAACGUGUUCGGUCUGAGGAGCAUGUACACUCUGCUGCUGGGGCAGGACAACGCUGCUGACCAAUCACGGGUCAUGCAGGACCAGAUGACCGGCGCUGCCAUGGCGAUGCCCCCUGACCCCAACAAGGCCUUCAAGAGCGAGUGGGAAGCCCUGGAGGUGCUGGAGCACCACUGGGCCCUGGAGGGUGUGGAGGAGGAGCUCAUGUCCCGGGACCUCAACCUGGAGAACCUCUUCAGCAAGGAGCUGCAGGCCACCAUGUUCUAGACGCCGUCCGUCUUAUUUAUCGUCUCGUUUCCUCGCCGCUCCUCAAUAAAGACAUGCUUCCUCUCCA